AUGAUGUUGAGAAAUAAUAUCAAACUAUUAUCAAGCGGGCUCAAACUUUUACCAAGAGCAUCGAUACCAGUACAAAGAUUUAACUUCGCUACAAGCGCAGACACCCAUGAGAACAAGAGCAUCCCAUCGAUAAAUGAUGAAGCAUUGAAAUAUGCUGGUGGUGAUUUGUUGAAGAAAUUCAAAGACGAACACGCACACAAGCUAGUCGAUGUUUCUAAAGUGCUCGUGAUUGGAUCUGGCGGUUUAUCUAUUGGGCAAGCUGGUGAAUUCGAUUAUUCAGGGUCACAAGCUAUUAAGGCAUUGAAAGAGGCUAACAAACAAUCUAUUCUAAUAAACCCAAAUAUUGCCACGAAUCAAACUUCUCAUGCGUUAGCUGAUGAAAUUUACUAUUUGCCAGUGACACCAGAAUACAUUACCUAUAUAAUUGAAAGAGAAAGGCCAGAUGGUAUUUUAUUAACAUUUGGCGGUCAAACAGGAUUGAACGUCGGUGUAAAGCUAGACAAGAUGGGUGUUUUUGAUAGAUACGGUGUCAAGGUUUUAGGAACACCAAUCAAAACUUUGGAAACUUCUGAGGACCGUGAUUUAUUCGCUCAAGCAUUAAAGGAAAUUGACAUACCAAUUGCUGAAUCCAUUGCUGUUGAAACUGUCGAUGAUGCUUUAAAAGCUGCUGAUUCAGUUGGGUAUCCAAUUAUUGUCAGGUCGGCUUACUCAUUAGGUGGUCUUGGCUCUGGAUUUGCUGCUAACAAGGAUGAAUUAAAAAAUUUAGCUGCUCAAUCACUUUCCUUGGCACCACAAAUUUUGGUCGAAAAAUCAUUGAAAGGCUGGAAGGAAGUAGAGUAUGAAGUCGUUCGUGACCGUGUUGGAAACUGUAUCACUGUUUGUAAUAUGGAAAACUUUGAUCCUUUGGGUAUCCAUACUGGUGACUCCAUUGUUGUUGCUCCAUCACAAACUUUGAGUGACGAAGAAUACCAUAUGUUGAGAACUGCUGCAAUUAAAAUUAUUAGACAUUUGGGUGUGGUUGGUGAAUGUAAUGUUCAAUAUGCAUUGCAACCAGAUGGUUUGGAUUUCAGGGUCAUUGAAGUGAAUGCUCGUUUGUCACGUUCUUCAGCCUUGGCUUCGAAGGCUACUGGAUACCCAUUGGCAUAUACUGCUGCCAAGAUCGCCCUAGGUCACACUUUACCUGAGUUGCCAAACCCUGUUACCAAAACCACAUCGGCAAACUUUGAGCCAUCUUUGGAUUACAUUGUCACCAAGAUUCCACGUUGGGACUUGUCGAAAUUCCAACACGUCAAGCGUGAUAUUGGAUCGGCAAUGAAGUCGGUCGGCGAGGUUAUGGCUAUUGGAAGAAAUUUUGAGGAAUCUUUCCAAAAAGCAAUUAGACAAAUUGAUCCUUCAUAUAUCGGUUUUCAAGGGGACUAUUUUGAGAACUUGGACGAGACUUUGCAAAACCCCACUGACAGAAGAUGGUUAGCCGUUGGACAAGCUUUGUUACAUGAAAACUAUUCGGUUGAUAAAGUUCAUGAUUUGACAAAAAUUGAUAAAUGGUUUUUGUACAAAUUGAUGAACAUUGUAAAUAUGUACCGCGAAUUGGAAUUUGUAGGUGGAUUGUCAAACGUUAAUAGCGAUUUGAUGAGUCGUGCCAAGAAAUUGGGAUUUUCAGAUAAGCAAAUUGGUCUUUGUGUUGGAGCAUUGGAAUUGGAAGUGAGGAAAGUGAGGAAGGAUUAUGGUAUUAUUCCAUUUGUAAAGAAGAUUGACACAUUGGCGGCUGAAUUCCCAGCAAAUACCAACUACUUGUACACCACCUACAAUGCCACUAGCUCUGAUAUUGAUUUCAAUGAUAAAGGUACAUUGGUGUUGGGCUCUGGUGUUUAUAGAAUUGGUUCCUCCGUUGAAUUUGAUUGGUGUGCCGUGUCGACUGCUCGUGCAUUGAGAGAAAGUGGUAAAAAGACAAUAAUGAUCAACUAUAAUCCGGAAACUGUAUCUACUGAUUUCGACGAAGUUGACAGGUUAUACUUUGAGGAAUUGUCAUUGGAAAGGGUAUUGGAUAUUUACGAAUUGGAACACUCAUCCGGUGUUGUUGUCUCAGUGGGAGGCCAAUUACCACAAAAUAUCGCAUUGUCAUUACAAAGCAAUGGUUGUAAUGUUCUUGGAACCAACCCAGAAGAUAUUGAUAAAGCUGAGGAUCGUCACAAGUUCUCCCAGAUUCUUGACUCUAUUGGAGUAGAUCAACCAGCAUGGAAAGAAUUAACUUCAAUUGAGGAAGCCGAAAUCUUUGCCGAUGAAGUAGGAUAUCCAGUACUUGUGCGUCCUUCAUACGUUUUAUCUGGAGCUGCAAUGUCAGUCAUCAAGAGCAAAGAUGAAUUGGACGCGAAAUUAUCAAACGCUUCGAAGGUCUCACGCGAUCAUCCAGUUGUUAUCUCCAAAUUCAUUGAAGGUGCACAAGAAAUUGAUAUUGAUGCUGUUGCAAAUGAAGGUCAAGUCUUGGUUCAUGCUGUUUCUGAGCAUGUUGAAAAUGCAGGUGUUCACUCUGGAGAUGCCACUUUGGUUUUACCUCCACAAAAUUUAUCAGCAGUUUUGUUGAACCGUUUGAAAACCAUUGCAGAUAAGGUUGCCGAAGCUUGGAAAAUCACGGGACCAUUCAAUAUGCAAAUUAUCAAAAAUGACCAAGACGGAACCCUUGAUGAUGAAGGUUGUGAAUUAAAGGUUAUUGAAUGUAAUAUUCGUGCAUCCCGUUCUUUCCCAUUCGUUUCAAAAGUGCUUGGUAUCAACUUUAUUGAUGUCGCUGUAAAAGCCCUCAUAAAAGAAGGCGUCCCACAACCUGUCAAUCUUAUGGACCAAAAAUACGACCGUGUUGCUACUAAGGUACCGCAAUUCUCAUUUACUAGGUUGGCAGGCGCAGAUCCAUUCUUGGGAGUUGAGAUGGCAUCUACAGGUGAGGUUGCUUGUUUUGGUAGAGAUUUACGUGAAGCUUACUGGACUAGUAUGCAAUCAACUAUGAAUUUCCAUGUGCCAUUACCUGGGCAAGGUAUUUUGUUUGGUGGUGAUUUAGGCAAUGAUAAGCUUGGAAAUGUCGCCAAAGAGUUGUCUGGAUUAGGUUACAACUUUUACACUGCUAGUCAACCAGUAGCAGAUUAUAUUUCUAAGAAUGUUUCCGAGCCAGUUGAAGUAAUUGAUUUCCCUAAAACAGAUAAACGUGCUUUACGUGAAAUUUUCCAGGACAAAAACAUUGGCGCUGUAUUUAACUUAGCCAAGUCAAGAGCCCAAGAUUUGUUGGAUGAGGAUUAUGUAAUGAGAAGAAAUGCCAUUGAUUUCGCCAUUCCAUUGUUCAAUGAGCCAAACACAUCACAGUUAUUUGCUUCUUGUUUGAAGGUAAAGAUUCAAAAUAAAACUAAAUUUGAUGAAGUUCCCCAAAAUGUUGUUGUCCCAGAGGAAGUUCAAAGAUGGAGCGAAUUUAUUGGCGGUAAGCCAGUAUAA